UAAAACACGAGUUACUGCUGGGAAGUUCCUGAAGAUUGCGCAUUAUACGCAGCAUUUCGACUAACUGGAGAGAGAUGGAGCGGGCAGUCCAAAAGACAGAUGCAGCUCCUGAGGCUAACAAUAUAGAAACACCAAGAACACGUAAUCUCAAAUUCAUUCGUGAAAAACGGUUAAACUACUUCUGUGGAGGAAAAGCUAAGAGUACAAUAUCUGCGAUAGAAGAAUCCCCACGUUCUCUGACUACUGUAAGAGCAGUUCAUCAACCUCAAAUGAGUAAAACACCCAGAAGAUGCCUCUCUGCACCUACCUCACAAGCAAAGCAGUCUAUUUCUACAAAUGUCAGUGUGGCGAAGGGUAAAGAUUUAGUAAAAAUUGUUGAAAAAAAGCCCGAAAGAACUGGCGUAAGAUCAGCACAAACUGAAGAAAGUAUGAGAGAGCCCCAUACUCGCCAGAGUCUCCUAAGGAGUAGCUUCAUAUCUGAUCUAGAUCAAGAUCUUCUAGAAAGUGCAUCUAUUCCAGAAACCCAGAAGCUUCUUCAUGUGAUGUCCUGGGCACAGAAAUUUUUAAACAAGUCAGAAGACAGUAGAAGGUCACAGAAUACUUCACUGUCAUCCCAAGAAACUGCUUCUGUUAAAAAGGUAGCCAUUGCACCUGAUAUACGCAAUAGAAAAUCAUCAGAAUUGCAUACUUUCCAAAAUACUGAUUUACACGAUGAAGAUACAAUGGAUCAUAGGCCUGCUGAGUUAAAUGUUAUGUUUGCCCAAGACCUCACCAUUCGCUGUGGUGCCUUAGUAGAUUCUCAUAUCAGCAAAGUAGACAAAGACCCUUAUUUCCAUUUUGAUGAUGAGGAACUUUUUCCACACAAAAGCAUAAAACCAAAAAGUCCUGACAGAAUAAAUGUAACUAAUGUACCAAAAUUGGAUUCUUAUUCACCUUUGCAUAAGGACAUUAGAAAUAGCCAAGUAAGUAGUUGUUUUGGUAUGGCUGCUGCACAAGGUUCUCAUACGGACCCUUUAUUUCAAAUGAUUCCUCCACAAUUCAAAGGCAGAUGCAGCCCAGAUAGUUCCAGAAGUGAAAAGGAUAUCUACUUGAUAAAAAACGUGACUGACAAAAGGGUUUGUGACUACAGCGAGGAAGAAAACAUAUCUGAAAAUAUAGAAAAGUAUGAAAAAUAUGACUAUGAUUCUGAUAGCACGGUAACUGAAUCAAUAGGAAACUUAAGGGACAAUUAUAAGCCAAGGCGAUCGGAAUCCCAUCUUGAUACAGAAAGACUUGAUGACCUGGAAGAUUUUUAUUCGGUUGAAGAAAGGAAUAUUCCUCUCACAGAGGAUGAUGGGUUUAAAACAGAUAGAACGUUCUUAGUGAAAAAGUUUGUUGAGUAUGAUGCUCCAAAAAGACUCUUGUUAACUCCAGAAACUGAUGAGUCGGAUACCAACACUUCAUUAUCAUACACAGCUCACUCAUCUAGUAAUUUACCAGAAGAUCCUAAAGCAAGAUCAUAUAAAGUGUGUCCAGUAUGCAGUUUCACAAACUAUACAAACACUAGCUGGUGUACUGAUUGUGGCUCUAUUUUACUGGCUGCCCAAAGCCAACCGUGUAGACAGCGCACAGCAAAUGAGUCAACAUUAACACCAAGAGAUCUAGUGGAUGAAAUACUGAUCCCCACCAAACAUGAAAAAAGCUUAGAUCAAACAUCAUUGAUAGAACAUAAAGAUAAAGAAUAUAAGAGAACAGUCGGCUGGGAAGUUAAUUCUGAUGUCUCAUCAGAUUGUGAAGGUAGUGUGUUCGAGAAAUAUCUGUUUUAUGUUAACAAACUGAACGUGCUGAAACACGAAGAACAAAAACAGACGAAUGGCUGCUCGAGCAAAAUGUCAUGUGAAGCUGAGUCCACCGCAGAGUACGGCAAACCACAUUUACCAGCUGGAUUACCUCAGAGGACUGUAAUCAAAAUAGAUGACCCAAGUGACUCUGAAGAGAGUGAAGUACAGUUUUUGGGCGCAAGAAAUGCUGUUAAAGCUUACCCCGAAGCACAAGAGACAGCCAAUGACAUGAAUUUUCUUGAGGACAAGUUUAUUGGGACUAGUGUUAAAGGUUCACUAGGUAAAGAUAUAUGA